ACAAAACGCAGCCGGUCACGAGUCACCAGCCACGAAUUGCUCGUGAAGGUGUGUAGUAGGAGUUGGAGUCACAGUUGGAGUUGGAGUGGGAGUUGGAGUCGGUAAUCGCGUGACCGACAAGUUUUACACACUUGGCAACGUAAUUGCUUAUAAAACGUCGCCGUGCCGCAAAAGAGUGCCGAUAACAGACCCAAACCGUUUAUAACAAUUAUACGAGCCAAGCAGCCAUUUGGGACCUGGGCUGGGCUGGGCUGGACUGGACUGGACUGGGGUUGACUGCGUGCACACUUUGCCAGCACUUGACCAAUUAAGCGACAGGCGUGAGUGUGAAAAAGGCUGUCGAGCUGGUGGGCUGGCGAUUCGGCUGCCCCGGCUCCAGCAGCUCAAGCAGCUCUCCCGGCUCCCCGCGGUGGGAGUGGGAGCGGGUAUUGGCUAAAUGUAUAAGCCCGAUACGUUAACGAGGCGCGGCAGUCUGAGAUCUCUGCGCAGCGCACCGCUGCUCAGUACGGUGCUGGAGAGCACGCUCUCGCUGACCCGCAUCCAUCCGAUUGCUUCGCUGGAGCUACCCGGCCUCGACUAUGCCGUCCAAUCGCAGUCAGCCAUUGGCGCCUUCCAUCAUCGUGAGCUAGGCACCUCCCUGCGCAGCGGCAUCGCAGCUAUCACAGCGGCCAGCGCCAGUGCCGCCGGUGGCAUCUCUCAAUCCCAGAGCGCACUGCUCGGACGAUACGGUCCAAACGCCUCCAUACGCAACAACGAACGAAAGAUUGUUCAGCCGAAACGCGUUCUAUCGCGGAAGCUAAAGCCACAUCUGGUCGCCGACACCGUCAAGCAGUACAUAAGUCGGGCGCAACGAACGACAAAGAAGGGUUCUCAAGAGCAACAAAAUAACAUGGAGUUUUUACGUGGUGUCUAUGCGUUUAUGCAAGUGAGUAGAUCAUCGGUGUCUCAUGUCAAAAUCGAUUCACCUGUUUUUCGCCUGCACACAAACGCAACGGUUAUUUUACUGAUCACAUUCUCGAUUGCUGUGACAACGCGGCAGUACGUAGGAAACCCCAUAGACUGUGUACACACAAGAGACAUUCCGGAAGAUGUUCUCAACACAUAUUGUUGGAUACACUCAACGUAUACAGUUGUGGAUGCGUUCAUGAAAAAGCAAGGUUCCGAGGUGCCUUUUCCUGGAAUUCACAAUUCACAGGGGCGUGGCCCUCUAACAAUAAAGCACACAAAAUAUUAUCAAUGGGUAGCGUUUACACUAUUUUUUCAGGCAAUCUUAUUUUACACACCAAGAUGGCUGUGGAAGUCUUGGGAGGGUGGCAAAAUUCAUGCGCUCAUCAUGGACUUAGAUAUAGGCAUUUGUUCCGAAGCCGAGAAAAAACAAAAAAAGAAAUUACUUUUAGAUUAUUUAUGGGAAAAUUUAAGAUAUCACAAUUGGUGGGCGUACAGAUACUACGUGUGUGAGCUGCUCGCCCUGAUAAAUGUGAUAGGUCAAAUGUUUCUUAUGAAUCGAUUUUUCGAUGGUGAAUUUAUGACAUUUGGCUUGGAUGUGAUAGAUUAUAUGGAGACCGAUCAGGAAGAUCGCAUGGAUCCGAUGAUUUACAUAUUUCCCAGAAUGACCAAAUGUACAUUUUUUAAAUAUGGUUCAAGUGGGGAGGUGGAAAAACACGACGCCAUUUGCAUUUUACCAUUAAACGUUGUUAAUGAGAAAAUUUACAUUUUCCUUUGGUUUUGGUUUAUAUUAUUAACGUUACUCACAUUAUUAACGCUAAUAUACAGGGUGGUUAUUAUAUUCUCGCCUCGAAUGAGGGUAUAUUUAUUUCGAAUGCGAUUUAGGUUAGUGCGUCGAGACGCAAUUGAAAUAAUCGUUCGUCGUUCCAAGAUGGGCGAUUGGUUUUUGUUGUAUUUAUUAGGUGAAAAUAUAGAUACAGUUAUAUUUCGUGAUGUUGUACAGGAUUUAGCAAAUCGCUUAGGACAUAACCAACACCACAGGGUGCCUGGAUUGAAAGGUGAAAUACAGGAUGCAUGAUAUUGGGAGUAUUAGAAACAAUACAAAAUGCAAUAUGUCGUCUCAAUAUGAAAACCACAACAACAACAACAACAACAACGUUCAACUAUUUUAGUACAACAACAACAACAGCAGCAGCAGCAACCGCUUCAUAAGUUCAACACAAAACUGAAAAAAAUAUAAAACGUAUCUUACAAAUACAACCAAAAAAACUAUCGUCAAUGCUAGCACAUCGAAGUCAUUUUCAAUCAACAAGAGAGUAAAGCACAGAGUCGCCUCAGUAACGAUAACGAUAACGAAACAGAUACCGAUAACGAUCAACGAUCAACGAUAAGCGAUAAACGAGGCGAGAUAACGACAAGGUUUAGGAUAAAUAAAGGCUACAACAAUAGACCAAAGCACACAACGAAUGAAAGCGGACUAAGCCGAACCAAAGUUAAAGUCAAAGGCAAGGAAUACGAAACCAACAACAACAACAACCAAACAACAACAACCAAACAACAACAACCAAACAACAACAACAAUCAACAACAACGAAUAUUAAAGUCAAAACCGAUAGACGAAGCACCGGAUAUGGAUGAAUACCAAUCACGAGUAGCAGCCGAAGGGAAAGGAGUUUGGGCGCAUCAGCCGCCAUCUGGCUGCUGUGCCCAAGGGCAUCGCGAGCAGGUUGCACGUGGCGCCUGCAGCUGCCCGCAUGCCCCAUGGAUUCAAGUCAAAUGUUAUGAAAAUAGUAUGUUGCCCAGAGACAAGGACAAAGUGUGUAUGCGAAAUGGAAGAGGAAAAUGGAAGAAGGAAUGGAUUCGAACAGCACGAAGGGAAUGGAAAGUCGAGGAACAU